UCCAAAUCUCACAGCUCAGGAUUAUAUAUCAGUCCAGUAAGAAGAACGCAGACGGAGCUGUUCUGCCUCUGCUCCGGCCCUCGAUGCCAUCUGAUAGCGUAGAUGAGUUCUGCAUACAGAAUCAGCAUGAAAUCAAGCACUGUCAUGUCAGUUCUUCCAGACCUUCACCAGCAGUAUCUGCAGGCUUGCCAAAACCUGAGCCAACCUGAAAACCCUUUCAUUGCUCGUGUGCUUCAAGAAGCUGAUAAAAGUGAUAACAUGAAACAGAUAAAAGGGAUCACAUUAAAAAUAGCUGGAAAUAAUCAUUUAGUGCCUGUGCAGAGAGUUACAGAUGAAGAUCUUCAAGUUCUUGCCUUUGUCUUACACAGCUCUAUAUUUGUCACAGGUUUGGAUCUUAGGUAUAAUGUAUUGACUGAUGUUGGAGCAAAGCACAUGGCAACACUCCUCCAGGAAAACUCAACUCUGCGGUACCUUAACCUGAUGUUUAAUGAUAUUGGCACAAGUGGAGCAGAGCUGAUAGCGAAAGCCCUCCAUAGGAAUGAAGCCCUUGUAUAUUUGAGAAUGACUGGAAACAAAAUAGGAAACCAAGGUGGAAUGUACUUUGCUUUGAUGCUACAAAUUAAUUCCACCUUAGAGAAGUUAGAUCUUGGAGACUGUGAUCUGGGUACGCAGUGUCUGAUAGCAAUAGCAACAGCCCUGACUCAGAACAAAUCAGUCAAAGCGAUAAACCUAAAUCGUCCUUUACUAUACAGCCAAGAGGAAGAGACCACAGUCCAUGUAGCUUCGAUGUUGAAAAAUAACUCUUCUCUUGUGGAACUACAUUUGUGCAAGCACGAAAUUAAAAGAUUUGGUGUAGAGCGGCUGUGUGAGGCAUUGUAUGAAAACUGCAGUCUGAGAUACCUUGAUCUUAGCUGUAAUAGGAUAACUCGUGAUGAUGUGAAAUUUUUGGGAGAACUACUAAAACGGAACCAAACCCUGGAAAUACUAGAUCUUAACUCAAACCGAAUAGAAGAUGACGGAGCCAUCUACUUGAGUGAAGCUUUGGCUUUGCACAACAGGACUCUUCAGGCGUUAUCAGUAGUAAGCAACAAUAUAAGUGGCAAAGGGCUCGUAGCUCUUUCACAAGCAAUGAAAACAAACACGGAACUUUCCUACAUUUAUAUCUGGGGGAACAAACUUGAUGACGCCACCUGUAUGGCAUUUUCAGAAUUAAUCCAGACUGGCCGCUUGAAACCUGAUUGUACAGAUGUGGAACCCUAUGAAGUGGAUGGGCACGUUUACCUUGCAGAGCUCUCCCACGGCCUGAAGAAGCAUUACUACUGGACACCCAGUUACGGGGAGGUAAUGAACAAAGCUGCUAACGCCAGCCUGGCAGUUGGAGCUGUUUCGGAAUACUUGUAAGGUAGGAAUAGCCUGAAGCCAUAAAUGCUUGAGGUUUUUCCACCUGGCUUCUAGUGAAAUGGAUGACAUCAUACUUACUGCAGGUUGUUUCUUCAGGGUCUCUAGUCUAGCAGGAGUAUAAAAACAGUUGGAAGUGGUAUUAGAGAUGAGAUGUUGAACCAGUAGCCAUAAAAUUUGUUACUAAAUAAUGCCCAAUCUAUUAAAAGCCUAUUAAUAUGAAAAUGCA